AUGUCGUUUGUUCUGGCUCAGGAUGCUGCACCCUCUCCUCCCAACAGCUUUGGCUCUUUUCUUGGUAUCUUUGAUCAGUCUACUCAAGGAGCUGGUGAUGGAAUGUCGUUUGUUCUGGCUCAGGAUGCUGCACCCUCUCCUCCCAACAGCUUUGGCUCUUUUCUUGGUAUCUUUGAUCAGUCUACUCAAGAUGUAGUUCAUCAACUUGCAAUAGAGUUCGACACGUACAAGAAUGAAUUCGACCUGGAUGAUAACCACAUCGCAAUUGACACCGUAAGCGUAGAAAAGCCGGUUGCGGUGAAGAGCCUCAACAGCACCGGAAUAAAUCUCAAGAGCGGUAGAGAAAUAACAGUUCGGGUUGAAUAUGAUGGGUGGACCAAGAAUCAUCAGAUUUAUGUCGGGUAUAAUGGGGAUCCACUAGUGAGCUUUCUCAAUCAUACAAUGAAGUUGCAGCAUACAGUUCCUAGCUCUGUUUCUGCGGGCUUCACAGCCGGCACAGGUACUCUAUCUGAAACCCAUCAAGUUCUAGCUUGGAACUUCACAUCCAUUGAAUUGCCAAACAAAUCUCUGGGGACAGAAAACAACCUGGUAGUAAAAAUCGCUGUUGCAGUGAUUUAUGGGCUGUUGUUUCUUGCAAUAUUGGCUUUACCAUUUGUGCUUAGAGCUCUUAGAAUACGAAAAGAGAUGCUUGCAAGGAAAGUAGACAUUGAAGUGAUGAUAGCAGCAGCAAAUGGACCACAACUCUUCUCUUACAAGAAACUUUCAAAGGCGACUCGCAACUUCAGCAAAGACAACCUAUUGGGAACUGGCGGUUUUGGCAGUGUUUACAAAGGGGUUAUGUCGAAACCUCCCACCACUAUUGCUGUCAAAAAAAUCAAUGCCACAUCCAAACAAGGUGAGAAGGAAUACUUGGCAGAAAUCUGUACUAUUAGCUGCCUAAGGCACAAAAACUUACUACAACUUCAAGGUUGGUGCCAUGACCAUGACCAACUCCUACUAGUUUACGAAUAUAUGCCUAAUGGCAGCCUUGACCACUUCGUCGAUGAGGACAACACAUUUCUUGAUUGGGCAACUAGGUACAAGGUAUUACUGGGAUUAGCAUCAGCAUUAGUUUAUCUACAUGAAGAGUGUGGCAACCCUGUUGUACACAGAGAUGUGAAGCCAAACAAUGUCAUGUUGGAUUCAGAGUACAAUGCACAUCUAGGCGACUUUGGCCUUUCUAGGCUACUUCAAAAUGAAGCCUCAGUCACAACCAGGAUAAUAGGGACACCAGGUAACAGUUUGAAGAAGAUUCUUCCAUCAACUGACGACGCAGUCCUUGAGGAGAUCAAGUCUGCACUCAGAUACUUCGGUCGUCCAAACGUACAAAAGCAAGGAAGAGCUGCUUACAUACUUCUCCGGUAUGAACCUACUUAUACUACAUUCUCGGCUGUGAAAGGCAUUCCAAUUCCAGCCGCGCGAUCAACACCUUUCGGCUCUGCUCUUUCCCAGCUUCAAGAGUUUUAG